UUUUCUUUUUUCACACAAAUAAGAAUGCCUCAAAAAGUACCAGAAGAAGAAAUGCCUGUGCUUGAACGAUUAUUAAACUUAAGAGCUCGACUCUCAGCUGUCAAACGCAACCGUUCAAGUUAUCUUCGGCUCGAAGAAAUUAUGCCUUUACGUUUCGAGGUAGAAGCAGAGAUGAAAGUGCUUAGUGACCUUCGCAAUGGUCGUUUGCUAGACGAGUCUCGAGAGCUGAAUAGAACAGAUGAUGUUUUGGACGAAAUUUUACAAAUGCUUAGUUUAUGUUUUCUGUCUUUGGGCAAAACAAGAGAAACGCCUGCUGUUUAUUCUCAAGUUGUAGCAAUUCAGCAUAUUUUUGACCGUUUAGAGGAAGUUGGUGUCUAUGAAGAAGAGUUUUUAAAACCAUACAAGGUGAAAUUAGACGAAAUUGAAAAGAUUUUAAGUGUAGACAGCAAAAACAAGGCAUUACCAGAACAUGUCAUGCAAGUAUUACAAUACAAAUUUAGGCAAUGCAAAAACAUCUACAAUAAGCUUUUAGAAACAAUCCAUGAACUGGCACCUGAGCUUGUCCCCAUCCGAGACAAAAUGUUACAUAUCAGACGUCAUCUUGCUUCGAUAUGCACUCGAGGUGGUUAUUUACCAAGCGACAUCAAGCCUUUGCAAGAAAAGAUUCGUGCUGUCGAUAGUCUUCGAGUGGACGGUAAAUUUAUGGGUGAAGAUGGUGUCAGUAUUCCUCCAGGACAAGGUGUAUUAGUGAAUCUUCUAGAACAGCUGUAUUAUUGGUCACAUGAUUUGAUUAUCGCUUGUAGUGAUGACUUUUCACCGGCUCUUCAAUCCAUUCGGGAGCGUUUGCUGGAAAUCAAGAAUCAAUUAGAGCGCUUGGAACUGACACACAAAUGGACUUUACGUCAAACUGACUUAUUUACUUACCAACAUCAACUUCAUGAUAUUGUCAAAAUGAGACAUACUGAAUGCAAUGAAAAUGGAGAAGAAACAGAGGUUGAUCCUGAGUUAUAUGGUAGAUUUUUAGACGAAAAUGGACAAGCGCCUGAAGGACAAACUGUACUUGAAUUUUUGCUUCACAAAUGUUAUCGAAUGAUCUUUGUUCUUUUAAGCGAAAGCGUACCUGUGUCGGAAGCUCUUACACCUGUUUAUAAUCAACUCACUACAGUGCGUCAAUGUUUGUUGGCUGUGCAGAAAACCGGUGCGCCUUGCUCAGCUGAAGAACUUUAUCCCUAUCAAAUGAAACUAGCAAGCAUUGAGGAUUUACGUAAAGAUGGUAAAUUCUAUGACGAUAAUGGUGAUAUACCUGAAGGUCAAGCUCUAUGUGUGGAUGUACUUGAAGAAUGCUACAGUAUUCUAGAUUCUUUACGUGAAAAUUCAGAAGAAGAUGAAAUAGCCAAAUCCGAAGAUAUUUAAACUGUUUUUUUAUCUAAUAAACUGCCUUGAUAUAAAAAGUUACACAACAUUACCCACUUGUACUGCUCUUCUUAAAAUAAUGGCGUUGAUUGGUGAAUUCAAGUGUUGCACUGAUUGGUGGUGUGUAUACAGCUCUUUUUCUUUUAUUUUCCAGGUCUUUUUUGUUUCUUUC